AUGGACGUGGACGUGGACGCGUGGACGUGGACGUGGACGUGGACAUGGACGUGGACGUGGACGUGGACAUGGACGUGGACGUGGACGUGGACAUGGACGUGGACGUGGACGUGGACGUGGACGUGGACGUGGACGUGGAGGACGUGGACAUGGACAUGGACGUGGACGUGGACGUGGACGUGGACGUGGACGUGGACAUGGACGUGGACGUGGACGUGGACGUGGACGUGGACAUGGACGUGGACGUGGACGUGGACGUGGGACGUGGACAUGGACAUGGACGUGGACGUGGAUGUGGACGUGGACAUGGACGUGGACAUGGACGUGGACAUGGACGUGGACAUGGACGUGGACAUGGACGUGGACGUGGAGGACGUGGACGUGGACAUGGACGUGGACGUGGACGUGGACGUGGACAUGGACGUGGACAUGGACGUGGACAUGGACGUGGACGACGUGGACAUGGACGUGGACAGGACGUGGACAUGGACGUGGACGUGGACAUGGACGUGGACAUGGACGUGGACAUGGACCGUGGACGUGGACAUGGACGUGGACAUGGACGUGGACAUGGACGUGGACGUGGACGUGGACAUGGACAUGGACGUGGACAGGACGUGGACAUGGACAUGGAAUGGACGUGGACGUGGACGUGGACUGGACAUGGACAUGGACAUGGACGUGGACGUGGACAUGGACGUGGACAUGGACGUGGACAUGGACGUGGACAUGGACGUGGACAUGGACGUGGACGUGGACGUGGACAUGGACGUGGACGUGGACAUGGACGUGGAGGACGUGGACGUGGACAUGGACGUGGACGUGGACGUGGACGUGGACAUGGACGUGGACAUGGACGUGGACAUGGACGUGGACGUGGACAUGGACGUGGACAUGGACGUGGACAUGGACGUGGACGUGGACGUGGACAUGGACAUGGACGUGGACAUGGACGUGGACAUGGACGUGGACAUGGACGUGGACGUGGACAUGGACGUGGACAUGGACGUGGACAUGGACGUGGACGUGGACAUGGACGUGGACAUGGACGUGGACAUGGACGUGGACGUGGACGUGGACAUGGACAUGGACGUGGACAUGGACGUGGACAUGGACGUGGACAUGGACGUGGACGUGGACGUGGACGUGGACAUGGACAUGGACAUGGACGUGGACAUGGACAUGGACGUGGACAUGGACGUGGACAUGGACGUGGACAUGGACGUGGACGUGGACAUGGACGACGUGGACGUGGACGUGGACAUGGACAUGGACGUGGACAUGGACGUGGACAUGGACGUGGACAUGGACGUGGACGUGGACAUGGACGUGGACAUGGACGUGGACAUGGACGUGGACGUGGACGUGGACGUGGACAUGGACGUGGACAUGGACGUGGACGUGGACGUGGACAUGGACAUGGACGUGGACAUGGACGUGGACGUGGACAUGGACAUGGACGUGGACGUGGACGUGGACGUGGACAUGGACAUGGACAUGGACGUGGACAUGGACGUGGACAUGGACGUGGACAUGGACGUGGACAUGGACGUGGACAUGGACGUGGACGUGGACAUGGACGUGGACAUGGACGUGGACAUGGACGUGGACGUGGACAUGGACGUGGACAUGGACGUGGACGUGGACGUGGACAUGGACGUGGACGUGGACGUGGACAUAGGAGUGGACAUGGACGUGGACAUGGACGUGGACAUGGACGUGGACGUGGACGUGGACAUGGACGUGGACGUGGACGUGGACGUGGACGUGGACGUGGACAUGGACGUGGACGUGGACGUGGACAUGGACGUGGACGUGGAC